CAUACACACGCAGUGCAUGAGAGAAUCAUCCAGAGGAGAAGCACGGCCCCGUAAACCCGGUUUUCUCGGUGGAUUUAAUAAUUUUUUUUGUUUGUUUGCAUUGCUGUAGGAAUCGAGUGCCUGGAUCAUGGCGCUUCUCUCAGACGGGUGUUACACGGGAAUGGAGCUGCUGGACUUUCUGCUCGAGCAGCCUCAUAGGAACGCUCAUAUGGAGAGAGAUGGUGACCAUGGCAACCCUGUGUGGUCAAUUGCAGAGCAACGCGCUCUUUCUCAUGGUGAGGGUGCUGUUGAUAACUUCCUGGACUCCCUGUUGCAUGUGUCAGACGGUGUGUCGAACCCUUGCUCGCCCCUGUGGGUUCCCUCCCCCUGCGACAGCGGAAUCAGUGACGACACACCGUCAGACCACCUGGACAGCCCCCCGCGGCCCGACCCUGUCAUCCUCCCUCACCAAGCAUAUCUUCAUCCUCCUCAUCAGCAGAAGGAGGAGCCCAGCGCACCCGCCGGCAACACAGAGCCGGAUUUCUCCAUUGAUCUAGGUGAUUGGGAGGCGUGUCUAUUCCCUGCCGGUCAGACAGACUCUCAGUGUAUCACAACAGCGCUGAGAAUUCAACCGAAUCAAGCUUACCAGCUCAGUGUAAAAGACCUGCUGCUAUCCAACAUCGGAGAAUCAUCCAAUGCUACGUCCCAGCAAUCACAGCAAGAGCUGAUUCUCAGCGAGGACGAGAAGAAACUUUUAGCCAAAGAAGGAGUCAGUCUUCCCAGCCAGAUGCCUCUCAACAAGUAUGAAGAAAAGAUUUUGAAGAAGAUACGGAGAAAGAUCCGGAACAAGCAGUCGGCGCAGGAAAGUCGUAAGAAAAAGAAGGAAUAUGUUGAUGGACUCGAGGACAGGAUGGUUGCCUGCACCACGCAAAAUCUGGAACUACAGAAAAAAGUCUUUCAGCUGGAAAAGACCAACGUGUCUCUGAUGGAGCAGUUACGUCGUGUGCAGGCUAUGGUGAUGAACAGUUCCUGUAAACCUGCUCAAACUGGCACCUGUAUCCUGGUGCUGGUCCUCUCUUUCUCUCUCAUCCUCAUACCAAACCUUCAUCCCGGUUUCCACAGGAGGGCCACGGAUCCUGGGGACAUCAGCGCUGCCAAAGUUCAGUCCAGGUCAUUGCGCUCCGUGAUGGAAGUCUACAGCAUGCAGCCCGGCUUCUCGGUCGGCGGGGAUGUUGUCGUGCCGUCAUCUCCGCACACUAAGCUCCUCAGACCUGAGUACGCUGAUAUGGAGCCCCUGCUUCACAAUCACAGCUACGGAGACCAUGAGCAUCAUCACAGCGACCCCAUCACCGGUCACGCCACCACACUGAGCUGGCUGUAACACCCUGGGAAAGAGAGGAAGUGAUGUCAUUGAUAAACUGUUAUUUGUGUGUUAUUCUACUUCAAUACGGUUUGGUGCGAAGUAUGCAUCGGUAACCGUGGUGUUAUGUCAGCACGAAAUUACCCAGCAUGCAAUUCCAGAAAGUUGCGGCAAAACCAUGUAGGCCUACUACAAAUAUUGGCAUGUGUUUUAAACAUUGCCUGAGGGGAGAAAUUAAUCAUGUAGAGUUGGCCCAACACUCAACAUCGCCAUACGAACAAAUGUUCCCGCCAAGUGUCGUGUGCCUCGACGUGCCAAGAUCAUUUUUCUGUGACGGCUUGAUAAACUGGGAUUGAUGCACGGACAGCACGUCUCAUUUUGUCGCGUUCACUCUACAUAUGAGAAAAACAUAGAUCGCCGAGUCUAAAUUUCUGCGCCCUUCAAUAAUGCAAAAGCCACUAUUCAAUUCUCAAUGUCAGCGAAGACAAUCUCAAAGCCAAUUUAGCACUUCUGAUUCUAAUUUAAUUUGCGAGCUGAACAACUCAAAUAUUAAACCGAGAGUUUGUGUUCGACUGGUUGGAAUCACUCGCUAAUAAUUCCCAGUGCAAAAGCCCCCCGAUGAAUUUCAAACAACACUCAUUGUUUUCACCGUUGGUUUACAGGCAUUCUGUUUAUUAAACUCUAAACCUGUUGGAUUCAUAACUAGGAAAUACGAUGGUUUGUUCAUGCAGGCUAUAACCCUGCUACACAUUGUUGGGUAAGUUACUCUGAAAAAGUAAUUAAUUACAUGUUACUAAUUUCCUAAUCAAUAGUGUCAUUAGAUUACUGUACUCCAUUACUCGCUCCAAAAAGUAUUUAGUUACUUAUUACUAAUUACUUUCUAUAUUCUACAUCAACCUUGAUUAGUUCAGUGAUUCAAGGAUAGACAUGAAACAGCUCUCUUAAUUCAUUCAAAUAAAUAAUAUAAACUACAUAAAGCACUCUUAUUUACUGACCCCAGUAUUACAAAUGUGAUAAUUAUAUAUUAAAGCAUUCACUUUGAAUUUUGAUGUUAAUUACACUAUUGCACACACAUAUUACACAAAGUAUUUAGUUUAAUUACAUCAAAAAUAACCAAUUAAAUUACAGAAAAUAUAAGAUAUAAGAAUAAGAGUAAUACCUUACUUUACUUUUUCAAGUGACAAGUAAUUAAAUUACAGUAACUAAUUACUUAGUAACUAGUUACACUCAACACUGCUGGUACGUUAAGUGCUUUCUCUUAUUCCCUCCGUACUUCACCUGUGAACCCGCAGCUGUUAGUUAGGUGACAAUUGGAAUAGGCCAAUGUGUGUAAUUGGACCAGUUGAGUAUCGCACAUCUUGAGAUUGUGAAAUCGACAGCGCAUCAGGGGCGGCGAAGGGCAAAAGCUGGUGUCCAUGUGUUCAAAUGCACCUUUCCGUUCAAUGAGAGCACAGGUGCAGAAUCUGCACGUGAGACUUUAGAGGUAAAAGAGGGGCAGCGAAGAAUAACAAUUGUUCUUAAUUAUAAUCAUUCUCGCUGUUUUUUCAGCUCACGAGGCCAGUCCUUUUUAUUUUCACACAUGAGUGUAGAGCUCCGGUACAACAUAAAAACUAUUUUCAUUCUUUUUGUCCAAGACAACCUUUCAAAAGAUGUCUACAAGAAUAGGCCUACUGUGUAUCGACUGUCCUAUACAUUUUUAUAUAAGGCUUUUUUAACUAUGUGUCCUCUUUUUGUUUCAAGCGGCACAGAUGAAGCAUUAUCUUUUUUCCCAGGAAAUGUUGAAUGAAUUUACAGUUGCCAAGCUUAUUCUUAGGUUUUUCACUCUUUAAAUUGAACUGUGUGUAUAUAAGAACAUGCUGUACUUGAAGGAUGAAUUAUGUUCAUAGAUGUAAAUAAAUGAUCUCAGCUUU